AUGUUUUGCCUGCUAGCGGCCGCAGCCCCGGCAAGGGCGCGCGGGGCAAGCCCGUUCCCCGCUGCUGCUGUGCAGGCCUCGUGCCCGCGCAUCGUCUCGCGGCGGCCGCGCGAAGUGGGCCGCGUUCCGCCGCGCCCGGGGCCGCCACCCACCGCCGUGCCCCGCCUUGCUCCCCGAUGCCUCGUCGCGGGAGCCCCCGCGCACGCCAGCGCCGCUGUGGCAGCUCUGGUGGCCCUGUCCUGUGCGGGGAAGCGCCUGCGGCUGGGCCGGGCAGCGCAACGGCGACGGGCCGGGCGCGGCGAGGCUGGGCCUCUGGUGUUGGAGGAGUUGAGCGAGCCCGAGGGCCAGGUGCGCCUGUGCUCAGAGCUGCGCGGGCGCUGCUUCGCCAUCGUGCGCUGCCCGCGGCAGUUGCGCCGGAAGGCCGCCGCCCUCGAUUGGCUGCAGCGGCUGGCGGCCCUCCAGCCAGACGAGCGGCGCGGAGCAGCGUCCGAGCUGCCCGAGGGCCGCGCUUGGCGGCUGGUCGAUUCUACCUGGCCGCGGCCGGUCCUGCGGCUGGACGUCGUCCCGUCGAGGGCUGCUUCGGAGGAGGGGGCCAGCGUGGUGGCAGGACUGGCAGCAGACCUCCACGAAGUGGCGGUGCGCUGCCUGUCAGCCGUGGCGGCCGUCGAGGGCAUGCCAGAGCUGCUUGGGUUCGUGGCCGACGAGCCCGAGCAGCUCGACGAGGCCAAGGAACCGAGCUUCGUCCGCGCCAACAUCUACCCCAACCCAGCGGACACGGGCCCGUGCUGGCACGCGGAUGCGGGGCUGCUCACCGUGGCGCCAGUGGCCACGUGGCCAGCGCUGAUGGCAUCGCCCUUCCACGACACCGGCGGAGUGGGCUUCCUGGAGGAGCUGGCGGACCCGGGGCAGGACGUGUUGGUUUUCCCUGGCACCUCGCUGGCCGUCGCGACCGGAGGCAGGUACGGCGCUCUGGUGCACGGGGUCUCCAACGCUCGACUUGCGCGCGAGGGCAGCGCCCUGCGGCGCGUGUCGACGCCCUACUUCCUGCGGGCGCGCCGUGGGGCGGUCAUGGAGCACCCUGACGGGCUGUCCGGCCUGGAGCUUCUCUACCCAGCGGCGGUGCAGCCCGAGGUCGCGGCCCGCGCGGGCGUGCGCGACGCCAUGGACCUACUGCGUUUCCACCGCGACGUGUACGGCCGCCUCGUGGCGCGGGGCCAGGUGGCGCCCCUGGAGAUGCUGCCCGCGGGGGCGCAGCCGCCUCCGGAGGGAGGCCCCGCGGCGCUGCGCGCCCUGCGCGGCAGCAUCGAGGCCCUGCGGGCGCCCGCCGAUGGAGCCGACCGCCGACGGGCCGACCAUCCGCUCGAGACCUCGCGGCUGCGGUCGCACGAGGUGUGCGUCUCGCUCACCAGCAGCGCAUACCUCGGGGUGCCUGUUGGCGGCGGCCAGUGCCACACAGCUGAUGGCGGCGGCCCCACAGCUGCCGACAGUUGCAUGGUCUACGGCGAACUGACCUGGAGCGGGAUGGAGAGCCUCUGGAACGCAUUGUGCCUUGCGCCUGACGAUUCGCUCUACGACCUCGGCUCUGGCAUCGGCAAAUUUGUCAUGUACAGUGCUCUUCGUAAUGGCUGCGCAUCCGUCACCGGCAUUGAGGUGGGGCUCAAAAGGCACAGGUCAGCCGAGCAGGCGUGCGCCAACCUGAAGGAGCUGCUGAGCGCCGCGGAGCCGCGUGAGGACCACCUCUGCGCGAGCUUCAACGCCGUGCUGGGCGACAUUCGGCUGCCUCUGUACCGCGACGCGACCGCCAUCGUCCUCUGCAAUCUCAUGUUUGACGGCACCCUCAACAGCGCCGUGUUGCGGGAGGUGCUGCGCUGCCCUCGCGUCACCCAAAUCGCCAGCAUCGUGCAGCUGCACAAUCCACGGCUCAAGCGGCGUAAGGCCGUGAGCUGCGGGUGUUCGUGGAGCACGGGCGGCGUCAGCUGGACGCUCUACUCUGUCGUGCCCGCGCACGAAGCAGGGCGCCGUCGCAUGCAGCGCAGCGACGUGCGUUGCCCACCGUCGCCACCGCCACUGUGGGUGCGCCCGCGGACGGCGGCCCUGGCCGACAACUGGAAUGGCCCUGCAGGCAGACGGUCCAUCACCAGCAGUGGCGGCCCCGCUGUCGUGGCGACGGAGCAGAUCUUUCAGCGGCUGGCGACCACGCGGAUAGGGAGCGUGCGCAGAAGCACGACCGCCGCGGUCGCCGGACGGCUGGACCACUUGCCGCCGGCGUCGUUGAAGGAGGGACUACGUGGUUCACGGUUGGCUUUGCGGCUGGAGUCGGCGAGGACGGGUCCAGGGGUCGACUUCGGCGGCGGCGUCGCCGGCUGUAAUGACUGCAGCUACGACGACGUCGACGAGGAUUGA